GAUGGCAUAUCAUCGGCAUUAUUCAAGAUGGCAGCCUCCUAUUCAGAGAGGGUUUCGUCCUUUCAAGAUGUCUUAAAAGGCCCCAAAAUAGACGUCACCGAGCUGACAAAGAUGUGUUUCAAUGGUGUUCCAGACUCUGCAGGAAUGAGAUCGGUUUGUUGGAAAAUCUUGUUAAACUACCUACCAGCAGCCAGAACAACAUGGCCAGAUGUGUUGGCAAAACAGAGACAACUUUACAAAGAGUUUCUUGAAGAGAUGAUAAUUCAACCUGGGUCAAAGGAAUACAGUACUAAGAGAACAGAUGUUACAAUGGAAGAUCACCCUCUUAAUCCCAAACCAGACAGCCAAUGGUCACAGUACUUUAAGGAUAAUGAGGUUCUUCUUCAGAUUGACAAAGAUACUAGGAGAUUACAGCCCGACAUAGGUUUCUUCCAGACUGCUACAGACUACCCAUGUAAGGAACUUGUAGAUGCAUCUACCACCCUUGAAACAUUGAGGAAGAGAAUAGAACACACCAUGCUCCAUUCAGUGGCUGUGGCAAAGUCUAGGGCUGGUAUUACUAAUAUGGUAACCUCAAAGAAACCAAUGAAAAUGGAAUUUGGUCAUGAUACAUUAGAAGAAGGUCAAGAAGCUCAUUGGGAAGUAUUAGAAAGAAUUCUCUUCAUCUAUGCCAAGUUGAAUCCAGGUCAAGGCUAUGUCCAAGGAAUGAAUGAAAUCAUUGGACCUCUCUACUAUGCAUUUGCAGCUGAUAAGGAUUUGAGUUGGCGAGAACACGCAGAAGCCGACACAUUCUUCUGCUUCACCAACCUCAUGUCCAAGAUGCGUGAUACCUUUAUCAAGACGUUGGACGACUCACCGACAGGGAUCAACGCCAAGAUGGUCAAACUGAUGCAGAUGGUGAAGCGUUGUGAUGCCAAGAUCUGGCUGCAGUUCCAGAAGCAGGAUUUGAAGCCUCAGUUCUUUGCUUUCCGAUGGCUGACUCUUUGGCUCACCCAGGAGUUCCCUCUUCCAGAUGUUACCAGGUUAUGGGACUCAUUACUAUGUGAUGAAGGCAAGCCUGAAUUUCUUCUAUGUGUUUGCUGUGCAAUGAUUCUAUCUCAGAAGGAUAUCAUCCUUGAAGGAGAUUUUGCUACGAAUAUAAAGAUGCUACAGCACUUUCCAGCAAUAGACAUGCAUGAACUACUGAAGAAAGCCAUUGAAGUAAGAGAGUUCUGCUCAUGAUCAAAGCAAUUCUGACAAACCUGGUGAUGAGGUUGGCCAUUUCACGCAGCACAGUCAUGUCAGAUGGACCUUUUUUAUAUUGACUGCUUGUGCAAGGUGUAUUGUUGCUUGUUGCAAGACUCUUACGCUGUUCGGAAUCCCUUGUACUGCUUUGAUUGAGGUGCACAAUUGGAUGAUGCAGUUGUCCUACAUUCUUGUCAAGCAAUAGAUUAAUCAGAGAUGGAAUGUACACUAGUCUCAAGACCAAAUUUUCUUGCUAAUGAUCUUGAUCUAUGCUGUGCACCUGUACCAGUGGCACAUCUAGGAAACAGCGUCCGGGGUCAGUGCUAAUAUUGUGCCCCUUUUAACCUCUGAUGCUGGGGGUGUGUGCUGAAGUCCUGCCCAUUCCAGCAGCUGACGCAAGGGGUAAGCAUUAGAAUGGCAACUAAUCUACAUUUUUUAUGCGAUGAGCUAUUUUUGGGUUCCUUUUAACUUGAACCUUUUUGGACUCCAUGAGAGCCACACCCAGGGAACAUUUGUCUCUUGCCCCUACCCCCCCCCUAGAUAUGCCACUCUUAUGCAAUCACCCAAGUCACUUAAAGAUUCUUAUGAUUCUGAUCUUCUGGUGUGUACUCCAUUUCUUAAAUUUAAUGAUGAAUUCUGAGAGCAACAAAAGGAAACAAGAAAGGUACACAAAAAUAUGAAACGUUUCCAGAUACACAUCAGCAAACUGCAGCUGAAUGUUCUGUAUGUGAUGAAGCAUUAAAAUCAAAGUGCAAUGCACGUCAUCUGUAUAUUAAAAAUUGUAACUAUUGUAGCCUUAACCCCUCUUUCCCUACAAAAUGACAAAAUUGUCACAGUUGAUACAUUAAACCAUAAUAAAUGUAUUAUGAUUUCAGAGCCAGGGCCCUGUUGCAUAAAAGAAACUUUGAUGGUAACUUUGCUUUCCAUUGGUAACUUCCCUGAAAUCCUUGAUUCUGAUUGGUUGUUUAGAUUGCUACCAUGGUUGCUGCCAAAGUUUCUAUAAUAGUAAUUUUUUGCAACUUGACCCAGAUGGAUGAUAAUUAUUGUGUGAAGUAUAAGAAUUAACAUUUUGGCUCCAAACAUAGAUACAGUUAAAUCCACUUUUAUCAGUAUUGAAUUGAUCAAUAUGCACAUGCGCAUAGGUAUAAUGGGUGCUAAUAAGUUUGAAUGUCUGCUCAUAGAAACAUAGAGCCAUGUAAUGUGGGAUGCAAUGUGUGUGUAUAAUGAUUUCCGUGAAAAUGUGGACUGAAUCAAAGCCCCUGUUAUUGCAGAUCAAAGAAAAAAAAGAAAGUAUUUUAAGGAUUGACAUUAAAGUAACUACUAAUUUUAUUUAAGACAAAGUAUAAAGUCACGAGUUAUUCAUUUUGGUGACUUUUGGUCUUAGAUCAGAUGACAAUAACUAAUGAAUAAUAACUGAACUAGUAUGCAAAAUUUGUUGCAUGAGGUUUUUUUUUUACUUUUAAGUUGUACCUUUAUUGUAUAAGUUAGGCAAUUCCAUAAAAUAGCAAAUGUUUUUGCAUAUCAGACUUAAUUCAUUUUUAUACUUUUUAACUUCAUUUCAUAAUUUACUCAAGCCAUAAUGUUUGUGAGGUUUUGGAUUAAUUGGUUGUUGAAAUCCAAUAGGCUUGAAAGAGGGACACAUGGUUCUAAUAAACAAUAGGUUAAUGUAUUUUUUUUCAGGCACAAAGUGAUACAACAAAUUUCUUUUUUCUGUGAAACUCAAUCAUCCGAAUUUUAGUUUUGAUGAUGUUUUGUAAUGCAUCUCAUAGUUUCAGGUCUUUAUUUAAAAAGAAACAGAGUAUAUUACUUUCAGAACAGACUAAAAACACCCCAAUAUAAAGGUGACUGUUUUUCCCCCACAUGUUUCUUCUUAUUACACAGUGAUAUUGGUUUUGUUCAAUUUCAAAUCAUACUGGUAUUGUGAUCAGUAUAACAAAUUUUGUUGUAUUAUACCAUGACAAAAGGAAGCAACUCUGCUUUUUCUUCAAAUUUGACUUUUCUUGAAUGUGUAUAUUCUCUGUAUGCAAGCUCUACUUGAUGCUAAAGAGGAGUCACGUCACCCAGAUGUCUGAAAUAUAGACAUAUAAAAAGCAUGUAACUCUAUAUAUUUUCCACAUAGAAAUGACACAGUUUCCUCUUUUGCUAAAAAGCUCAUGACACGGAAUUACUUCCUUUUAUCAUGGGACAACGGUGUACAUUCAGUGGUCAGCGCGAGCAUGCCAGCCUCCGAUCAAAAUGAUCAAAGUGCUAUUUUGCUACAGUAUAAUACAAUGAUUUUCCUAUAUUGUGUUACAUUCACUACAAUAAUUGAGUAGUUGGUGCUGUGAAUGUUGGGCACCAUAUUUAAAUGAAGUAUAAUGCACAUUAAUAAAAUCCAACAUCAUUGUCCAUUUUCCAAAUACCAUGCCAGAGUAUUUAUGUGUGUGCAUUUUGAUCUAUACAAACAAGUUACUCCGUUUUAUAUGCAUGUACAUGUAUGCAUUUCAGUUUUACUUGAAUUUUACUCAAUAUAUGCACAGGUGUGUACAUACUCAGAAUUAAAAUCACUCUGUAGAUAAAAAUAUGUAAAGAGAACAAUUUAUCUAAAGUGCCAAAAUAUUCAGAAAUAAAUGAAUGGAAAACACAAUACUUUCAUGACAGUAAAUAUGAUAUAGUUUAGUUGGUAGAACUAAUGUUGUGGGUACAUUUAUGAUUUGUUGUACUUGAAUAAUUGUUUUAGAUGUAUUGUCUCAUUUUUUGUCUCUCUCUCUCUCUCUAUCUCUCUUUCUGUCUUACAUGCACACUUAAUCACUUACUUACUGUCAUUCUCUCUCUUUUUCUUUCUUUCUUUCUUUCUUUCUUUCUUUCUUUCUUUCUUUCUUUCUUUCUUUCUUUCUUUCUUUCUUUCUUUCUUUCUUUCUUUCUUUCUUUCUUUCUUUCUUUCUUUCUUUCUUUCUUUCUUUCUUUCUUUCUUUCUUUCUUUUUCUUUCUUUCUUUCUCUUCUAACUUCCUCUCUAUCCUUCCCUCUUUCUCACUGCCUCUCUCUCGUCCUCUCUUUCUCAUGAAUAUUCAUGAUGAAAUGGUGUAAUGAGUAUGAUAAUGAAUCAAAAAUUUUGCAAGGUCUUGCCAUCUUAUGUUUGAAUGUGAUAUGUGAAUUUAUCAAUCUUAUUAAUUUAUUGAAAAUGGAAACUUAAAUUGUAUCUAUUAUAACCCAUAAUUUUUUUCUAAGAUAUUUUUCAAAUUUGUCUUCAAUUCAAGCAUAUCAUACAUUCAUACCAUGCCUUCUAAGCUAGCUGUCAGCAUUCUCAUUUAUUUUUUUUAGGUUUUGAGGUGAGCUCUUAAAACUGAAAGAGUGAAACUUAAUCCCUAUGCAUUGGAAAUCUUGCAUUAUGGAUUGGGCACUGUACAUGAUGGGGGGGGGGGGGGGUCUAGACUCCUACCUGUAAACUAGUCUUGACUCUUGAUACAUCAUACCUUUUAAUAAAAUAUUUGAAGAUUUGUUGUAAAGUUUGAUACAAAUGAUGAUGCCAAUUGGGAAUGUUUGAAGAAAAUCUAUGACCCUGUUUUCAUAAAAGCAACACAUUUGUGGUAGAGUAUUGCAUAGAGUAAGUUUAUAUGUUUAUAUUGCUUACAUUCUAUUGGGUUUGUUUUUUAAGACUACAUGACCAAACUGUUGCAUUGUCGGUAAUGAAUCGGGCACUGUUCUAGCAGUUCAAACCUUGGGCUGGUGCUAUUCAAUGUAACUCUUGAGUAUCACCUUUAACCACCUGUCCUUCUAUAGAUCUACAUGUAUCAAGUUAGGAUUUUUAUCUGGUAUUAUUUGAAGUGUUCCAGACAAAACAUAUUGACAUGACAUAGCAACUUAUAUCUGACUCAUUACAUAGUAUAUUGAAUGUUCCGUUUAGUUUGGAAACCCCAUGGACAUGGGCAAUAUUUUGUUUAAUUUGAAAUAUGAUUUGGGGUGUAGGAUUUAGAAAGUCACCUUGCUGACCCCACCCCCCCCCCCCCUGGGUCCCCCACCCCUCCUUCCCUGCCAAAUCAACCACUGGAUUCUCCGUCCAAGAUAGGAACUUGUCCAUUUUUAUAUUGAUGUGAUAAAAUAUCUUGUACCCACUUGGUCUACUAGCAAUUUGGUCUAAUUGCUGCUUCAUAAAACUUCUAAUUAUAACAAAUUUGCAGUGAUAGUUAUAAGCUACUGAAAUCCUUCAAUGUGAUUGGCAGAUCUAUUUUUUUUAUAGAAAUUGUGCAUUUAUUUUUAUAACAAAACAGGAAAAACUUGUUUAGGGGGUGUUUGGAAAUUCCUUGGGCCCUGGUACAACUAUCAUUUGGUCCAAUAUUCACUUGGUCUAAUACAUGUUUGGUCUAGCAGUCAUUUGGUGACUGGUCUAAUCUUUAGAUGGUCUAAUCUCCACUUUGUCUUAUUAUUUGGCAGUUUUUCACAUGAACAUUUGAUUAAAAGAAAAACAGUUCAUGUAAUCAUAGGUUAAGUUGCAUUAGACCAGGUACAUGUAGAUAUUAGAUGAAAUGAACCCAACUGGC